AUGAAUACAGUUUCUCACACUCGUUUAAACCAGGCAUUCGAACAUCUUGAUGUCAAAUGCGAUGGCGAAAUUGAAGCUAUCGUUCACAAGGCCGUCAACAAUAUCAGUGCAGAACUUCGUAAAAUCAGUUUGGACCUCCACGACAACAUGGAGACUGGCAUGAAGGAAUACCAUGCCCAUGAUGUUCUUACCAAGUUUUUGGAAGAACAAGGCUUCAAGGUGACGCGCCACGCCUACGGUAUGAAGACCGCCUUUACUGCUGAAUACAGCCGCGGAUCGGGCAGACGCAUUGGUUUUUGUGCCGAAUAUGACGGUCUUCCUGGACUUGGACAAGGUUGUGGACAUAACUUGAUCGCCAUUAGCGGUCUUGCUUCCGCUGUCGGUGUAAAAGCUGUAUUGGAAAGUGGUAAAGCUUCCGGCAAAGUAAUCUUGUACGGUACUCCCGCCGAAGAACUCUCAAUCGGUAAAAUUGUCCUUGUGGAAAAGCGCGCUUUCCAAGACAAUGUAGAUGUCUGCUUGAUGUUGCAUCCUGCUGCGGUUGACCAUCAAUACGGUGCCAUGAUUGCUAUUCAUGACGUGAAAGUCGAAUUCUUUGGCAAGCCUACUCAUGCUUCAGCAUCUCCCUGGGAAGGUGUCAAUGCAUUGGAUGCUAUGGUGCAAGCAUGGAACAGUAUCAGUAUGAUGCGUCAGCAAUUGCUUCCAACCGACCGAAUUCACGGUAUCAUUACCGAUGGUGGUAGCGCACCCAAUGUGAUUCCAGCGCACACCUCUGCCUUCUUCUUCGUUCGUACCACCAAGUAUACUCAAAUCCAGCGUCUGAUGAAGAAGAUGGAAGCUUCCUUUGAAGCCGCCGCUAUGGCCACUGGCUGUGAGGUGAAAUGGACAUGGCGUGAAAUUGGUGUUACAAAAGAUGUGAUUCAAAAUGAUGUGAUGGCUGAAACUUAUGCAGAAUAUAUGAAAAAGACGGGCAUUCGAUUCCCUUCGCGUGAAGAACAAAUCAAGGCCGGAGGAGGAUCGACCGAUAUGGGCAAUGUCAGUUACGAAGUGCCCUGUAUCCAUCCCUUGUAUGGCAUUCACACCACCGCUUCCAACCACACGGUGGAGUUCACUGCGGCGGCUCGCACCGAAGCGGCGCACAAAGAUACCAUUAAUGCUUCCAAGGCCUUGUCUUUGACCGGUAUCAAAGUCUUAUUGGAUGCAGAUUAUUUUGACGCUGUCAAGCGCGACUUUGCCAAUUCGAUGAAAGAGGCAGUGGCAGCUUCGGCUGAUCUUUGAACAGGACCCGGAAAAAGAAGGAAAGCGAGAACCAAUGAGGUAUCCAAACGCGAUAUCUGAUUGGUUAGUUAUGCGCUCGUUUGUUUUGGUUUGAAAUUUUUUUGAUGACCGAAAAAUGUUUAAAAUAAAAAUAUGUCAACUUUUUUUUU